AUAGCUUUUCUUUCUUCUUUAAAGCUCCAACAUCCAACUGUUAUUCAAAAGCACACAUAGAUUCACCGCCAACUACCAAAAGUCAUGGUGUUCUUUUGUUUUCUCGUCGAUCAGACGCGGAAAGUGAACACGAGUAAGCCGGCGGCGGGGAUUUGCUCCCGGUGCGGCGGAGGAGCCAGCGUCGCCGACAUGAAGACCUCCACCAGGUUUUGCUACGUUCCGUUUUACUGGAAAUCUUGGAGGGCCAUCAUUUGUACUUUUUGUGGAGCCAUUCUUCGAUCUUAUCGGUAAAAAUUCGUAGGAGAAGGACUUUGAUCAGAUUCAAAGUUCGAAUCUCAUCAAAUAUAGAUCGAGAGAGCGUUGAGGAUGGUGGCAUCUUUUAAAAUUUUAAAUUAUCGUGUAGUUUAAAUGUUUUUUUA